AUGGAGCAAUGGCAGGUGUACAAUGAGCCUGCCGGCGCCGGCGGCCAGCGGCGAUACAACGGAAAUAGCCAGGUGUCGCCGCGAGAGUUUGGCAGCAGCGGCCAGCCCCACGCAGCGCAACAGCCCCCGGCCGGCUUCAAAUACGACAACUACCAGGGCGGCCUCAACCCGCACCAGGCGUCACCGUCGGCAACAUCGCCCUUGGCAAGCCCCCAUAUUCGCGAUGGAAACGGCGACGUCCCAAUGCCGGACUCACACGAUUCCUACAUGAGCCAAAACCCCAAUAGCGCGACGUACCCGCUGAGGCCCCAUCAUCAGCAUCACCUUUCGGGCAGCCGAACGGCCAAUCUCCAGCAGGAGCCUUCCGCUGCCGCCCAGCGGUACUCACCCAUGGAGGUAAUGUCUCCGACCUCGCCCUACGGCCCCAAGUCCGCCGGCGCAAGCCACUUCUCGCAGCAGCCGGCCCAGCGACAGUCGCCCACCCGGCCAUCGGACUACGCCCCGCAACAAGUUGCUUACUACAGCAGCCGACAACCGGCUGCCCAACUCCCGCUCCAGAACCCAUAUGCGCCGAAGCAGGACUCGUAUUCGCCCUCGGCUCUGAGUGCUCUGGAUGGCUCCUAUGUUGAUCCCAAGUCGCCCAAGCGCGCGCCGCCGCAGUCAACCAUGCAGCCGAACGACAAAGGACCGGUGCCCGAGUUUAAGAGGAUACGGGCGCAGACAGACCUCAAGCCCAAGGUCAACGACCAGCCUGCGUUUAGGCGAGCCAACCCCGAAGGUGGCUUCAUCAGCCCUCUGCAAGCCCUCACUGUGCAACUUCCGGCCACAUACCGGAUUUGCAACCCAAACUUUAAAUACGAAUCGUCGCGCAACCCUCGCCGUGUCUUAACCAAGCCGAGCAAAGGAGUAAAAAACGAUGGCUACGAUAAUGAGGACAGCGACUACAUCCUCUAUGUCAAUGAUAUCCUUGGGUCUGAAGAGGCUGGGCAUAAGAACCGGUAUCUGAUCCUGGACGUCCUCGGCCAAGGCACCUUCGGCCAGGUCGUAAAGUGUCAAAAUCUGAAAACUCAAGAAGUUGUUGCGGUCAAGGUGAUCAAGAACCGCACCGCUUACUUCAAUCAAAGCAUGAUGGAAGUGUCGGUACUUGACCUGCUCAACACAAAGCUGGACAAGAACGAUGACCACCACCUGCUACGGCUUAAAGACACGUUCAUUCACAGGCAGCACCUGUGCUUGGUCUUUGAGCUGCUGAGUGUGAACCUGUACGAGCUGAUCAAGCAGAACCAGUUCCGCGGUCUGAGCACUACCCUUGUCCGCGUCUUCGCCCAGCAGCUUCUUAACGGUCUAGCGCUGCUAAACAAGGCACGCCUGAUCCACUGCGAUCUCAAGCCGGAGAAUAUCCUGCUCAAGAACCUCGAGAGUCCGAUAAUCAAGAUCAUCGAUUUCGGAUCUGCAUGCGAUGAACGGCAAACUGUCUACACAUACAUCCAGUCCAGGUUCUACCGAUCCCCCGAGGUCCUGCUUGGUCUGCCCUACUCUUCCGCCAUCGACAUGUGGUCACUGGGGUGCAUUGUGGUCGAAUUGUUCCUUGGUCUCCCCUUAUUCCCUGGUUCGUCCGAGUACAACCAGGUGGCCAGAAUCGUCGAGAUGCUUGGUAACCCUCCCAAUUGGAUGAUCGAGAUGGGCAAGCAGGCUGGAGAGUUCUUCGAGAAGCGGCAGGACGAAUUCGGCAGGCGAACAUACCACUUGAAGAGCAUGGAGCAGUACUCACGCGAACGUGGUGUGAAAGAGCAGCCGAGCAAGAAGUAUUUCCAGCAGAAUACAUUGCCGGAGAUCAUCAAGGCAUACCCGAUGCCGCGGAAGAACAUGAAGCAGUCAGAGAUCGAUAGAGAAAUGAACAACCGUAUCGCGUUCAUCGAUUUUGUCAGGGGUCUGCUGACUAUCAACCCCCUCGAGAGAUGGUCACCGCAGCAGGCGAAGCUGCACCCGUUCAUUACCCAGCAGAAGUUCACGGGCCAGUUUGUACCACCCAUGAAUCUCAGAUCGAGCGCGCUAAAUCGAUCGCCAGCGCCCGGUACGCAGCAACAAAUACAGGCGGAAGCGCUGAGCAAACAGCGAGCGCAAGCUGCCCAGGCUCAAGCCCAGGCAAGCACAGCGGCGCAAGGAGGUUUUGGGUCGAUGGUUGGCGGACAGUAUCCGCAGCAGGCCCAUUCCCAACAAGCGCCGCUCUACGGGAAUAACAACAUGUACUCUCCCGGCGCCGCGCACCAGGGAGCCCCGCCUCCGUACAGUGGUCAGCAGGGCGGAUACACCCACAGCCAGAUGGGCAUGGCGCAAGGACCAGUGCAGAUGCCGCCGGCGAACUAUUCGCAGUCGGGCAUGUAUGCGCAGCAGAGCCGGCCAAGGCAGCGCGCUUCAACAAUGGAGCAGCAGCAGAGCGGGAUCCCGGCGGCCAUCCAGAGAGUGGCCAGCCAUCUCGACCCGACGCAACCCAUUCGGCUGCAGCCCAGUCCCGCGUACUACCCACCACCGCCUGAGGGCCUGGCGGGGAUGGACCACCACACGCCUGGCAGGGCGGUGCGGAGAGAGAGUCGAGCGCAGCAACAGGGACGGGGCAACCGUGACUUUAUUCGCAACUUGGAAGCGCGAACGCUGGAGGAAGGGUUCAUGGGCAGCGGCCAGACUCAGUGGCACUGA